ACACUCUCUCUCUCUUUCUCUCGGACAUCGCCCACCUUCACAACCUUCUCACCAUCUACCGCCAACAUGGGGUCCACUGCAGAAAUCACAAAGCGUACGUACAAGCUCAACACCGGCGCUGAGAUUCCCGCAAUUGGUCUCGGAACAUGGCAAUCACCGCCGGGACAGGUCGAAAAAGCAGUGGAAGCAGCGCUGAAGCAAGGAUACCGCCACAUCGACACCGCCGCCGCAUACGGCAAUGAGGCAGAAGUGGGAGCCGGCUGGAAAGCAUCGGGCGUGCCCCGCAAGGACUUCUUCUUGACAACGAAGCUCAACAAUCCCGACCAAGGACGUGUCGCAGAGGCCAUUGACGAGUCACUCCAGCGUCUCGGGACGGACUACGUGGAUCUCUACCUCAUGCACUGGCCACAGCCUGUCGAUCCAAGUGACGACAGUGGCAAGAAGGCACUUGCAGACUGGGACUUCAAGAAGACCUGGGCUGAGCUACAAAAACUGCCGGCGACGGGCAAGGUGCGAGCAAUUGGUGUCUCCAACUUCAGCAAGCACCAUCUCGAAGAGCUCUUUGCCGACCCCUCAUUCACGACGACACCGGCAGUCAACCAGGUCGAGAUUCACCCUUGCUACCCUUCAUUCAAGCUGGUAGACUACAACACCUCCAAGGGCAUCCACAGCACCGCAUACUCAUGUCUGGGAUCGACCGACUCUCCACUCUACAAGAACGACACUCUGGCGAAGCUGGCAGAGAAGAAGGGCAAGACGGUGCAACAAGUUCUGCUGCAAUGGGGCCUGAGCCGAGGUUACUCCGUCAUCCCCAAGUCCACCAGCCCCAGCCGCAUUGCUGCCAACUUCGACCUUAAUGGCUGGGAGUUGACCCAGGAGGAAAUUGAGACUAUCAGCUCCAUCAAGGAUCGUUUCAAGGUGUGCGACGGUACUUUCUUGCCCGCUGAUGGCAAGGAUGCCAAGCUGUUUGUGGAUGACGAGUAGAGGCAGUCCAUGGCUCCAUCAGAUAUGAAGACUUGAAAAUCUAUAAACCUGCUCAAUGCUAGCGAUUGCAAAUCGCACUGCAAGUGGGUAACGAGAAGCCACGGCCCUCUGGUACCCAUCCGCAAUGAUGAUGAAUCUGAGCGCAUCAUUCUAGAAGUAGCAUAUAGACGUAAUGACUGGUGACUGGUGACUGACACGGUCCAAGCACUCC